AUGGACAGUUCAGGACCAUGGACCAUGGACAGUUCAGGACCAUGGACCAUGGACAGUUCAGGACCAUGGACAGUUCAGGGCCUGACAUUUGAGUGCGACAUCACCUCCGGAUCAGACACAUGUGUUUCUGUCGCCUCUGGCCUGAGCCACGACCCUCUCGCCGCAGCAGAACAAGGACCCGGCCACGGCCGUUUCCAGGAAGAGAAGGUCAACUCUGCAGAUGGCGGCGGACGUUACGUUAGGCCUGUUUCACACCGCACACAAAUUCGUGAACGAAUUCGUCUUCGAAACCCGCUCGCGUGCAUUCGCAAGCUGCGCUUCAAGUCGCGUCCUGUUGUGCAAAUGAGAAAGCUCUUCUGUGUACAGACCGGCGCUGAGGCGGCGCGCAGGGAAUCGGUGCGCGCCGCUGCCGCCUCCGCUCCUGAAACCAAAAAUGGAACUCGAGCGCAUUUUUUCCGCGCUUCGCCCACGCUCGGCGUCAGUCUGAAUACAUGCGCUCGCCGCGAGGUAGUUCGGCUGGAAAGGGCGCUCGGCUCUGCGCUCGGCUCUGCGCUCGGCGUGCGGUGUGAAACAGGCCUUAAAGUGACCGGAGAUGACAAGCUCCAAGGGACGUGGUCAGGGGAACGGCGAGCGGCGAGCGGCGAGCGGCGAGGAGCGAGCGGCGAGCGGCGAGCGGCGAGGUGUGUGUCUGCGGCGCUCAGACGUGGCAGCCCCCGCACUCCCUGCGCUGCCCCCCACCGCGUUAACACUCUCUCCAGCUGCGUCAGGCUCUGUAGCUGCCUCUCCUACUCUCAGCCUUCUCUCGGGCCUCGACCCAACCUCCCUGCGCUCCACGCUCUCCACAACGUUAGCAUCGGUGUAAACACAUUUCACACUCUGGGCGUAGAUCUGGGAGACGCACAAUCCAAACAGACGCGGGCCGACUGUAACGAGCGUGAGCCGGAGCGGGAUUUCACAUCUGCCUCUCAGCCCUGA